UUUUUUGUUUUUUUUAUAGUGCAUUCAUUUAUUUGAGUUCAAAAUAUCACGGCUUCGAUGUCAUUUGAUUUUAUCUUCACCUUAUUAUUAUUUGUUUAAUCUAAUUUAUAUUAUAUAUAUAGAUAACAGCUUUGAGUCUUUCCUCAGUCUUAUUUAUAAAAAGAAAAGACUGAUACAUAUCAACAACAAAGUAACAAAACUUAUCUAUUUCUUAUUUAAAAAAAAAAAAGAUGUCAGCUUCUAGAAUGUCUGCUAAACUGUUGUUAAACAACCGUUAUUCCUUGAAAAAGUUUGUCUGUUUUAAUCGACAGUACUGUUACAAAAUUCCGAAUGAAAACGAUGUUGUUAGAAUUGGGUGCGCAAGUGGUUUUUGGGGUGACACCGCUGUUGCCGCUCCACAACUUAUUCAUCAUGGAAAAAUUGAUUUCCUUGUCUUUGACUAUUUGUCAGAAAUCACCAUGUCACUACUUACUGCUGCCAAACAGAAGAAUCCAGCCAUGGGAUAUGCUCCAGAUUUUAUCCAUUUCUCUCUGGCACCAUAUCUAAAGACUAUCAAAGAAAAAAAAAUUCGUGUGGUUAGCAAUGCAGGUGGAAUAAACCCAUUAUCUUGUGCGGAAGUUUUGAAGAAAUUGUCCCAGGAGGCUGGAGUUGACAUGAACAUAGCAGUUGUCACUGGAGAUAAUCUGAUGCCAAAGGUGAAAGAAAUUUCACAGUCAAACAUUCAAGAAAUGUCUUCAGGAAUGAAAAUCCCCAAAACAAUUCAUAGUAUGAAUGCCUAUCUUGGUGCUGGUCCAAUAGCAAGGGCCCUUGAUCUUGGUGCUGAUAUUGUUGUUACAGGAAGGUGUGUUGACAGUGCUUUAGUUCUUGGACCUCUCAUUCAUGCUUUCAAGUACAAUAAUUCCAACUUUGACCAACUUGCAUCAGCCAGCCUUGCUGGUCAUAUCAUUGAAUGUGGAGCUCAAGCUACAGGUGGAGUCUUUACUGAUUGGCAGACUGUUCAUAAUUGGGACAAUAUUGGGUUUCCUAUUGUAGAAUUUUCUGCUAAUGGUUCCUUCAGUGUGAGUAAGCCACCAUCAACUGGAGGUCUGGUUUCAAAAGGAACUGUAUGUGAACAAUUGUUGUAUGAGAUUGGUGACCCUAAAAAUUAUAUCCUACCUGACAUAAUUUGUGACUUCAGCCAAGUACAGGUUUCUGAAUCUGGAAAGGAUAAUGUUCAAGUGAAAGGGGCCCUUGGAAAACCUCCAACAAAUGAUUAUAAGGUUACUGCCACAUAUGCUGAUGGUUACCGUGUCACAGCUGUGACCUGUAUUGGUGGACCACAGGCAGAAGAAAAAGCAAAAAAAACCAUGGAUGCCAUCUUAAAAAGAUGCCGAAAUAUAUUCAAACAGCUUAAACUUGGAGAUUUUACCAGAGUCAACAUUGAAAUUUUAGGAUCUGAGUCAAAGAAUGAAAAUAAUAAGGAACCUCGCCAACUGGCUGUUUGGAUGGCAGCACACCACCCUAAGAAACAAGCAUUAGAGAUAUUGUCAAGAGAGAUAGCACCUGCCGGGACAGGCAUGGCUCCAGGCUUAACAGCUAUUGCAGGAGGAAGACCUAGAGUUUCACCUGUGCUGAAGUUAUUUUCGUUCCUCUAUCCAAAAGAUGAACUUCAAGUACAAAUUUAUAUGAAUGGUGAACUGAAAGAAAGCUACCAACCUUCUGAAUAUUCACCAACUUCGAAAGAAAAUGUCUCUGAAAGCUCUGCAAACAGUGAAGAGUCAAACUUGCCGACUGGUAAUUGUGAGUUCUACUUAAAAGAUUUGGCCUAUACACGCAGCGGGGAUAAAGGAAACUCAGUUAAUAUUGGAGUUGUUGCCCGCCAUCCUUCAUAUUUGCCGUACCUAAGAGCUGCACUUACUGAAUCUGCUGUAGAAAAAUAUUUCAGUUUUUUGUUUGAAGAUGAUGAUGAUGGGGAAAGAGUAACAAGGUAUGAUGUGCCUGGGAUAAAUGCAAUGAAUUUUGUUCUCCAUAACUGUCUUGGAGGUGGUGGCAUUGCAUCACUUCGAAGUGAUCCUCAGGGUAAAGAGAACCUAAUAAACAGAAGCAUCGAAAGGCUAAUAAGAUGUAACCAUAGGUUUAAGUACACAUUUGUACAAUAUAAUAGGAACGAUUAA